AACUCUCCUCCGGUAGCAGCAGCGGAGCGGUGGCCAGAGACUCUGAAACAGUAAAAGAGACAUGGCUAGAGAUGGCGAGGGACGCAGCCAGACACCAACUACGGCUGCUGCGGGGGCGAUUUUAAAGGAACCGGGGGCCUUAUAAUUAUAAAGAGAAAGGGGGAGAGAGAAGGGAAAAGGGGGUGGAGAGACAGUGUUUCCAAAGCAGCUCAAACAUUUUUUAAAUUAAUUUUUAAGGAAGAAAGCAAAGAACGAGAAAGGGAGGUGGGGGCGAGGGAGAAGAGAGAGACAAACACAGCGAAACAACCCGCAUCCAUCAGAUGUGAAGACUUCCUACACCGUUCCCACUGCCCGGCCAGAUAGAUGUUUUGUCCGCCGGGUCGCACGAAUCACAAUGAACGCGCAGCUGACGAUGGAGGCGAUUGGCGAUCUUCACGGGGUGAGCCAUGAGCCGGUACCCGCCACAGCCGAUCUGAUGAGCAGCAGCCCCCACCAUCGCAGCUCUGUAGCCCAUCGCAGCAGCCACUUGCCCGCUCACCCCCGCUCCAUGGGCAUGGCGUCCAUCCUGGACAGCGGCGGGGACUACCACCAUCACCACCGACCCCCCGAACACGCCCUGGCGGGGCCCCUGCACCCCACCAUGACCAUGGCGUGCGAGACCCCUCCAGGUAUGAGCAUGACCAGCACAUAUACCACGUUAACCCCUUUGCAGCCUCUACCUCCCAUCUCUACGGUCUCGGACAAGUUCCCACAUCACCAUCACCACCACCACCACCAUCACCAUCCUCACCACCACCAGCGGAUCGCCGGCAAUGUGAGCGGUAGCUUCACUCUCAUGCGGGACGAGAGGGGACUAGCGUCCAUGAAUAACCUUUACACCCCCUACCACAAGGACGUACCCGGCAUGGGCCAGAGCCUUUCGCCCCUCUCCGGUUCUGGUUUGGGGGGCAUCCACAACUCCCAGCAAGGAUUGCCCCAUUACGCCCACCCGAGCGCCACUAUGCCCGCUGAAAAGAUGCUCACCCCCAACGGCUUCGAAGCCCACCAUCCAGCCAUGCUAGCCCGGCACGGGGAACAGCACCUCACCCCCACCUCCGCAGGCAUGGUACCCAUCAAUGGCCUCCCGCACCACCCUCAUGCCCACUUAAAUGCCCAGGGUCAUGGACAGAUCCUGGGCACUGCCCGGGAGCCAAACCCCUCGGUGACCGGCUCCCAGGUCAGUAAUGGAAGUAAUUCAGGGCAAAUGGAAGAAAUCAAUACCAAAGAAGUGGCGCAGCGGAUCACCACCGAGCUCAAACGAUACAGCAUCCCUCAGGCCAUCUUCGCUCAAAGGGUGCUGUGCCGCUCGCAAGGGACCCUCUCUGACCUGCUGCGCAACCCUAAACCUUGGAGCAAACUGAAAUCUGGCCGAGAGACCUUCCGGAGAAUGUGGAAGUGGUUACAGGAGCCGGAAUUCCAGCGAAUGUCAGCGCUCCGGUUAGCAGCAUGCAAAAGGAAAGAGCAAGAACAUGGGAAGGACAGAGGGAACACACCCAAAAAGCCUAGGUUGGUCUUCACAGAUGUCCAGCGUAGAACUCUACAUGCAAUAUUCAAAGAAAAUAAGCGUCCGUCCAAAGAAUUGCAAAUCACCAUUUCCCAGCAGCUCGGGUUGGAGCUGAGCACCGUCAGCAACUUUUUCAUGAAUGCAAGGAGGAGGAGUCUGGAUAAGUGGCAAGACGAGGGCAGCACCAAUUCAAGCAAUUCAUCUUCUUCAUCAAGCACUUGUACCAAAGCAUGAAGAAAUAACCACAAACUAAAACCUCGGUGGAAAAGCUUUAAAUAAAAAUUUAAGAAAAAUUAAAAAAAAAAAAAAGACCAGGACUUCAAGAUAGCAGGUUUAUACU